UUUUAUCGCGGAACGCACUCGCCACUCUCAAAUCUUAAGUCCACAGUUCGGUUGUUUCUAAUACAUCUGUUGUAAAAAUUUUGUGUGCGUUCACAGUCCGCAUUUUCUCUAUUAACCCCUAUUAUAUUUUUAUGAUCUGUAACUUUAAUUUAAUUUAAGAAAUACAGCGCUGUUUAAUUUUUUAUCGUUUUUAUUUGUUACUGAACACAAAAUUUAUUUAAGAAGUGUAGUGAGUUUUAAGUCAUUAGUGUAGCAUGAUAAUGACUUGGCAGCCGCAGGAAGAGGGAUUAAGGCAAAUCAUUCAAUUGCUAAAGGAAUCUCAAUCACCAGACACUGUCAUUCAAAGGACAGUGCAACAAAAACUUGAGGAGCUAAAUCAAGUAACAGAUUUCAAUAAUUAUUUGAUUUUUGUGUUAACAAAACUUACAACAGAGGAUGAGCCUACAAGGUCAUUAAGUGGUUUAAUUUUAAAAAAUAAUAUCAAAAGCCAUUAUGAGAAUCUAUCUCCAUCAGUAACAGAAUUUGUUAAGUCAGAAUGUUUAACUGCAGUUGGAGAUGCUUCUCCAUUAAUAAGAGCAACUGUUGGAAUAUUGAUAACAACUAUAGCUUCACGAGGUAUAAAUACUUGGCCUGAAUUAUUACCUGCUUUAUGCCAAAUGCUAGAUUCAGCUGAUUACAAUGUUUGUGAAGGUGCAUUUGGAGCCUUACAAAAAAUUUGUGAAGAUUCAUCAGAUUACUUAGAAGAUGACAAACAAAAUAAACCACUUGAUAUUCUUAUUCCAAAAUUUUUACAUUUCUUUAAACAUUCAAGUCCUAAAAUUAGAUCCCAUGCAAUCGGCUGCGUUAAUCAGUUUAUUGUUCAGAAAACACCAUCUUUAAUGAAUCAUAUAGAUAUGUUUUUAGAGAAUUUAUUUCAUCUCGCUGUCGAUGAUGAAGCUGAAGUUAGAAAAAAUGUUUGUAGAGCAAUAGUUAUGCUUUUGGAAGUAAGAAUGGAUAGAUUGCUUCCUCAUCUACAUGAUAUAAUUGAGUAUAUGUUGUUGAGAACUCAAGAUCCGGAUGAAAAUGUAGCCCUAGAGGCAUGUGAAUUUUGGUUGUCUAUAGCUGAUCAGCAUAUUUGUAAAGAAGCUCUAACUCCUUAUUUACCUCGGCUCAUACCAAUUCUUGUUAAUGGCAUGCGAUAUUCUGAAAUUGAUGUCAUUUUACUUAAGGGUGAUGUUGAGGAAGAUGAAAAUGUUCCUGAUCGCGAAGAAGAUAUUCGUCCAAGAUUUCACAAAUCUCGUACACAUGGACAAGAAGAAGAUAAUAAUGAAGAUGAAGAAGAUGAAGACAAUUUAGGAGAUGACAGUAGCUUAUCAGAUUGGAAUUUAAGAAAAUGUAGUGCUGCAGCCCUUGAUGUGCUAGCUAAUGUAUUUAAAGAGGAAAUUCUUCCUAUACUUAUGCCAAUAUUAAAAGAAACCUUAUCAUCUAAUGAUUGGGAAGUAAAAGAAUCUGGUAUUCUAGCUCUUGGCGCAAUUGCCGAAGGUUGUAUGAAUGGUAUGAUCCCACAUUUGAAUGAAUUGAUCCCAUAUAUGAUCAAUCAUUUAAGUGACAAAAAAGCUUUAGUUCGAGCUAUUAUAUGUUGGACAUUAUCACGUUAUUGUCAUUGGGUUGUAAGUCAACCACAUGAACAAUAUUUAAAACCAAUGAUGCAUGAACUUCUUAAGAGAAUUUUAGAUUCCAACAAAAGAGUACAAGAAGCAGCAUGCUCUGCUUUUGCCACCUUAGAAGAGGAAGCUACAACUGAAUUAGUACCAUAUCUAGGAUUUAUUUUACAGACAUUAGUUUUUGCAUUUAAUAAAUAUCAGCAUAAAAAUUUGUUGAUACUUUAUGAUGCUAUUGGAACAUUAGCUGAUUCUGUUGGUCAUCAUUUAAAUAAACCUGAGUAUAUUAAUUUAUUAAUGCCACCAUUAAUACAAAAAUGGAAUGCCCUUAAAGAUGAAGAUAAAGAUUUAUUUCCUUUGUUAGAAUGUUUAUCUAGUGUAGCAACUGCUUUACAAUCUGGAUUUAUGCCUUAUGCUGAACCAGUAUUUAAAAGAUGUAUUUCACUUGUUGAACAAACUUUAAAUCAAAAUAUUGCUAAUUCUCAAAGCCCUGAUCAAUUUGAUGCGCCUGAUAAAGACUUCAUGAUAGUUGCUUUAGAUCUUUUAUCGGGUUUAGCAGAAGGGCUUACUACAUUCAUAGAGAGUUUAAUAAGUGGAUCAAACACUCUACAAUUGCUCUAUCAGUGUAUGCAAGACCCAUUAGCUGAGGUUAGACAAAGUUCAUUUGCUCUUCUUGGAGAUUUGACUAAAGCUUGUUUUCAACAUGUGCAUCCAUGUAUAGCUGACUUUAUGCCAAUCUUAGCACAAAAUUUAAAUCCAGAUCAUAUAUCUGUUUGUAAUAAUGCUACAUGGGCUAUUGGUGAAAUAGCUGUAAAACUAGGUACUGAAAUGCAACCAUACAUACCAAUGAUUCUUACUCAAUUAGUAUUAAUAAUGAAUAGACCAAAUACUCCAAAAACAUUGUUGGAAAAUACAGCAAUUACAAUUGGCCGUCUAGGUUAUGUGUGCCCUCAAGACGUCGCCCCAGUGUUACAACAGUUUGUACGCAUGUGGUGCACAUCAUUACGAAAUAUCCGAGAUAAUGAUGAAAAAGAUAGUGCAUUUAGAGGUAUGUGUCAAAUGAUAAGUGUAAAUCCUGGUGGAGUAGUACAAGAUUUCAUAUUUUUCUGUGACGCUAUUGCAUCAUGGGUUAAUCCAAAAGAAGAUUUAAAAGAGAUGUUUUACAAAAUUUUACAUGGGUUUAAAAAUCAAGUUGGUGAAGAAAAUUGGACAAGAUUUACUGAUCAAUUUCCUCCUCAGUUGAAGGACCGUUUGUCAACUGCCUAUGGGAUUUAAAGCAACUCUGAUUACUAGGACGCAAAUUGGGUGAUUCCAAUGUUGCAUCUUUUGGGGUUUAAUCUUCAGCGUAUCAAAUUGAAAUCUAGCUUCUCGGGUAAUGUGUGGGAGGGAAGGGAGGGGGGGUAGAACAAUUUCUAACUUUCUAAUUACCUGUUAUAACAUUUUUUAAUCUGUUUGAUGUGAUUGAUUAUUCACAACCAACUUUGAUAUAAUAUGUCAAUUUAGUAUAAUUGUUAGCAUAAUCACAAUUUAUUACAAUUAUUUGUCUUCUAUAGUUUUUUUUUUUUUUUUUUUACAUACAUAUAUUAUAAUUUUGUGUUUGUUAAAUGCUUAUAUUAAUUGUAUGCAAAUUUUUAAACCUGCUGACCAAAAUGCUUGAGCAAUACUAUAUACCCUUUUGUGAAUUUCUCUUUUUUUUUUUGGAAUUUUUAAUUCCUAAUUAAAAAAACUAUGUCCAUUGUGUAUAAAUUCCUUAAAGUUCCUUUAUCACCAACAUUCCAGAGUGGAUCCCUCUUCCUUUCCUUAUAAACGUGACCAUCCAAUUGGGAAACAAGUAUUUUGGAAUUAACUUUUCAAAUUUUGCUAAUUAAAAUUUAUG